CAGCGGUGCAGUGCAGCCAUCACGAAAUUUCGAGGCUCGCAUCCGUGGUGGUCUGGUUGCUUGUUUGAGGGAAGCUGGCAUUGCACCUGGGCACAUUGCAGACGCCGCAACCAAAACAAUCACCGCUCGGCAGGCCAGGCGCUCUCCUUGUCAGCUGCUCUACCGGCACCAUCCCGUUUCGCACCAUUGCUACAGCCGCCAUGCCGGCACGAAUCGCCUGCUCCUCGGCUAGGAGCAGUGCUGGCCGAGCGCUCCAACACGCCCAAAACGCCGCUCGUUGUUCAGCACCAGCCUCGCGCGCGGCCUUGACACAUUUGUCCAGGUCUCAGUCUCGCCAGUAUGCUGCCGCCGCCUCAGUCCCCGUGGCCGGCGUGAAGCUACCCGACAGCUUCGUCCCUCCCACACAGCCUCCCAGUGCGCGGCCGGCACAGACCAGAAAGUCGCAGAUGCUGCGCACAUACACCUCGCUCCUGCGAUCAACGCCGUUAAUACUCUUCUUCCAACACAACAACAUCACCGCAAACGAGUGGGCCGCCCUGCGGCGAGAGUUGCGCGCAGCGCUGGCUGCGGUCCCACCUCCCGUUGCCGGAGCCGAUGGCCGCGUCCCUGUCAACGUGUCGGAUCACAUCGAUAUCCAGGUACUGCGGACGCGCAUGUUCGACGUUGCCUUCAAGAUUGUCGAGUUUUUUGACGCAGAGAAGCACGCGGGCGAGUCCAAUGCCUACACGCACGACCUGUCGACGUCGGCAUAUGCCGCGCUCCAGAAGGCCAACACCAAGGACCCCAACAGCGCAUACGCCCAGAUUGCGCCGCUUUUCUCCGGCCCUGUCGCCGCCGUCACCUUCCCGGCGGUGUCCCCAGCCCAUCUCGCGGCCGUGCUCAAGAUUCUGGCUCCGUCAGCACCGGACUUCCCGGCCCCAACCAGGAAGAAGAGCCCCGGCUACUACGACCCGGUCGCGCAGAGCGCUCUGCAGAAGCUCCUGCUUAUCGGCGGCCGCGUGGAGAGCAAGGUCUUCGACCCGGCUGGCGUGAAGUGGGUGGGCGGCAUUGAGGGCGGACUGGAUACUCUGCGGGCGCAGCUUGUGCACAUGCUGCAGACUGCUGGUCUGGGUCUCACAACUGCCCUCGAAGGCCACAGCAAGGGCCUGUGGCUCGCGCUCGAGAGCAGAAGGACGCAAAUGGAUGAGGAGGCGAACGGCGGCAAGACGGAGCCUGCCGAGGACCAGAAGGAAUAGUCGCCCGGUCCUCGUUGCCCUGGCUAUCAUGUGUUCGUGAGCAAAGAGGCCUGGCGUUGGCCGAAGAUGUAAAGCACCACUACCACUGUACAGAUAUUGUAUUCGAGGGUUCUAGAAAUGGCAUCAUAUUCGUGGUUGAUGGCCUGUAAUUUAUGCAACGCAGCUGGGUUGUUCCAUUGA